UAGAAGACUCUUAUAAGUAGUUUUCUAUCGAGUGGGAAAGAUAAAUGAGGAAGUAAUAGUAAUACUUGACAGUAUGUACACAUUUGCAAAUAAGCAUUUUUCAUAAUUGCAAGCAUAUCUUGAAACAUUAACCCAUUAAUGCUUAGCAAAAUUUGACGUCUUCUUGUUCUAAGAAUAUUAUGAAUUAAAUUGCAUAUUUUUUUUUUUUCUGUAUUAUUAUUGCCAUUAUAUAAAAAAAAUCUGGCAGCUAGUGAAAUACUUAAGGUCAAAAUUAAAAUGAAGAUUUUGUUUUUAUAGCAUAUUCGUUUCCUCUAAUGUAUAGUUAUGUAUUAAGUUAUGAUGCUAUUAUCAUUAUUUUAUCACAAUACAUUUUUCAUUAUAAUAUAAAAGCUUUAUCAUAAUUUUAUCACAUUUAUCCAUUAUGUCAUUAUGCGAUAAUGAAUAUAUCGCUCAUUUUGAGAUAAAGGUCCAAUAUAAAUUUGAUCGGAAAUAAAAACAAAGGAAAAACACAUGCACACGUAUUAUGAGUGGUGCCUGUUAUUAAAAGGAUUGCUAUAUAACUUUACUCGUACAACGAAUAAUCGCAAAAUUUUGCCACAAUUUUAAUUACAGUACUCGUAAGUUAAGAAAAUUGUUUUCACUGGUAUUACGAUCAAGUGUUUUAUCUCAUAAGUGUUAAAAUUGAAGUUAACUUUAUGCUUAUUAUUUAUGACCAAUAAAAUUUUAGUUGAUAAUAUUUAUGGACUGAUCGUUUGAUGUAAUUGUCUUAUUACAUAUAUAUGUAUAUAUAUGUAUAUAUGUAUGUGUAUAUAUAUAUAUAUGGUAAGUACAGAUAUAGAAGAUUAAUGCGCAUUACUUAAGAUAUCAUAUUGGAAAUCAAAAGCCAGAUGAGCAUUCAAUUAAUAUGACUUACUUUAUUGCACCAAAUGACCUUUGCUAUACAAUAACUCAAGAAAGUACAUGAAUGAGUUAUAAAUUCAUGAGAAAAUGUUUUUUAAUAUUUAUAACUUUAUUAGAUUAAAUAUAUACUUCCUAUGUUUAAAUGUCUACUUCCAAUCUUUUCUUAUAAACCUGUGUUCAUACAUAAUUGUAAAAAAAUAUAAAUUUCAAAUGUACUUUUUAAAUCUAUUUAAAACUAUGGUAAUUUUUGUUUUUUUUAUAUUGCAUUCCUGACUAGUGUGCUAGUUCAAAACAAUGGUUAACACAUAUAAAGAAAAUAUUGAGGAAUACGACGUAUAGCUAAAUUAUAAUUAUAGCCACACGAAGAGGAUAUAUAUAUAUAUAUAUAUAUAUACGUAUGUAUGUAUGUAUAUAUAUAUUAAGUAUUUCGUUGAUGACUAAUAUAUUACAUCUUUCUCAUGAUGUAAAUACAAUAUACGCAAAUUAUCACGCGCGCUCUUUCAUGCGCAUGUUUUGGGUAAUAAUUUAUCAAAGAGGGCGCUCUUAAACGUUCAAUUUAUAAAAAUAUUUCAAUGUAGUCACUUUCUCUAGUAAAAAAAAAAAUAUUAUACUUAUCUAAGAUGGCUAAUAUAACUGAGCGAUAAAUGAACGAUACGCAGUGGAAUCCUGGCAAUUACCAAAGUAGCAGCAGGUGUUGGGAUUAUGUGAAGUAGCCAUAUGUGGUACCAAUCCGCAAGUUUAAAAUCGCAUCUUGGUAUAGUGGCGAUGAGUGAAGGAGCGUAUGUACAAUAGCCUUGAGAAAGAAUAUUUUAUUCAGGGACACGCGGUAUAUACUUAAUUUAUAAAAUAAUACGGGUACUUAAAUGAGAAGUGAUUUUGUAGAUAUAUAAACGUAUCGGAUAUAUCACUUGUGAUGAAGUUAGUUUAAUAACGUAUAAUCGAUUGCACUUGUGGCAACGUACUCAACAAAUCAUCAUCAUCAUCAUCAUCAUCAUCAUCUCCGAACGAUGCCAACAUCCCGGUUGUGAUAAUUGUAAUUUUGAGCACAUUCACGACCGCGCGUCGGAAUUAGACGGGACACAGGGGAUUAAUAAAGUUUUGAUAUUUAUAUACAAAGGCUAGAUAAAGCUUGGUGUGAGAUACAUAUUUAAUAAUAAGACGAAGUUAACCUAAAAUGCGAGGGGUCGUGGACGCUGAUGUUAUUGUACUGAUUAGUGUUCAAUUAUUGUAUUGGUGUUGUGAUAUUAUAUCGGCAAGUGGCGGAGCUUUAGAUCCAAAUACGCACAUUCAAACCGGGGCUUCCAGUAGCUCCCACUCAAAAACGCCAACUUUUACAGCAUCUCUUGCCGAUGGUUUGGCACAAGUCGUUCUUCACGAGCCGACUACUGAAACUUGCAACGAUGAUAUAACUUGUUUAAGAAUGGCUACUCAAGAUCGACUGGGUUUAGAAGCAAUUAAAUUAUUGCACAGUCAGUUAGACGACGAUGCUAAUGGAAAUAUAGAUCUUUCAGAAUCAGACGAUUUUUUAAGAGAAGAAUUACAAUAUGAAGCUGGUUAUGAGAGAAGACAAAGAGCUUUUCAUCAUAAUGAUGAUAUGCAUAUUAGUGUACGUGAACUUUGGGAGGCUUGGCUAAGAUCAGAGGUUCAUAAUUGGACUAUAGAACAAACAUCAGAAUGGUUGACUACAAAUGUUGAGCUUCCUCAGUAUGUACCUACAUUUAUACAACAUCGUGUGACUGGUGCUACAUUGCCAAGAUUGGCUGUCAACAAUAUGCACUACCUUAGUAAUAUUUUGGGAGUUAAAGAUCCUAUACACAAGCAAAAAAUUGCUUUGAAAGCAAUGGAUGUUGUACUUUUUGGUCCUCCAAAAGAUACUGGACAUGGCAUUAAAGAUUUAAUAUUGAUCACGUUAUUAUUUGGAGCACUUAUUGGGUGCUGGUACGUAUAUCAACAAAAAAAAAGUUCACAGAAGCACUUGCAUAGAAUGAUGAAAGAUAUGGAAAGUUUACAUAAAGCGGAACUUGCAUUGGAAGAUUUACAAAAAGAAUUAGAAAGAGCAAGAAUGGAACAGGAGUCUGCGACCACUGAAAAAAAGAAUUUAGAAAAACGUUUACAAGAUGGCAGUUUGGGAUUACAUACUUCAUAUUCUGAUGUUGAAGUCUCACAGUUAAAAGCAGAAAUUGAAAUGUUGAAAGUAGAAUUACAAAGAGCAGAAGGUGAACUAGAAGAUAGAUGUUGGUCGCCACCUGCUGGCCUUCAACAUUGGUUGCAAUUGACUCAUGAAAUUGAAAAUAAAGCAUAUACAAAGAAAAAGAUUUCAGCCGAAAAACAAUUGCAACAAGCACGAGAAGCGUGCGAAAAAUUACGAAAAAAACGAUCGAGUUUAGUUGGAGCAUUUGUUUCUACUCAUGGAAAGUCUAUCGACGAGGUCGAUAAAAGUAUAGUCGAAGCAAGAACAGCAUUAAACGAAGUUACAGUUGAAUUGCAAGAACGUGUGCAUCGUUGGAAACAAAUUGAACUUUUAUGUGGUUUCAACAUAAUUAAUAACAAUGGUUUGAACUAUUUAGAAACUGUAUUAUACAGAGGAGCAUCUAAUGGUAGAGGUUUUGGAUUAAGAGGUCGACUCAGUAGUCAAGAUGAUUUAGAUGACGAGACAAGUUCAAUAUAUACAUCAUCGUCUCCUGGUGCUGCAGGUAUAUUGGAGAAUAUGAAUUGGAAGGAAUCAUCUAUACCACCUGACUCGUCGAGUGGUGAAACAGGUAAGGACACUCCACCCGAAGUCGUUCAUUUUACGUUGGGCGACGGCAACGAAGAAAGUACUAUGGUACCAUCGAUUAAAGAGAAGACCGGUAUGAUUCGAUCAUAUAGCCAAGAAACCAACAUGGCCAUAGUUGACGAUAAAACAAAUUCAUCAUUCCUAUCAAAGACUUCAUAUUCGGAAAACUCAUUAGAUACGUCUGAGAAAUCGGGCUAUCGUGGUGUCAUAGCGAAAAGGCCAUUUAAAGAACUACCCACUGUGAUGUCGAUGGAUGAUGAAACAUUAUCGACAGAUUCCAAUUCGACUGCUGACAAUGAAGAAUUAAAACGUCGACGCAGAAAACUUCAUUUUCCGGCAUUCAGGAAGAAUAAAACUAAAAUUACGUGAUGUUCAAUAGUCCCAGAAUCAAAUAUGUUACAAAUUAAUUCAAGACAUAUCCCAGACAUGCACUUAAAAAUUAUAAUUAGGUAAUAUAUUGUGUAUGUGCCUAUCUUCUUAGGUAUAGUUUCGCGUGCGGUGUAUGUAGUGGCCUUACCGGCAGAAUAUCCAUGUCCGAACUCCAGUGAAGAAACCUUUUUAAGUAAGCGUACGUGCAUGGUCUGUAUAUCGUGAUUGAAAAAUAUGAAAAAUAUAUUUAUGCAGAGUCGGACAUACUGUCAA